AUGACGAGGAGGACUUCCCAUACUCUGCUCUAUGUGCCGGAACAACGCCGAGUCAGCAAUGUGUCCGGCAAUUCCGUUGCCAGUUGUCCUUGUCCAAGCGAAGUCGGCAAAAAAGCCGACUUGGCUCCUCUGCCUCCUCGUUUCAGCCUAAAUCUCAGUCCUACCAAUUCUCGAAGGAAAAGCGUCCAAACUGGAGCCCCGGCUAUCGGUUUUCGUCCGCUGAAAUCUUUCGAACGACGAGCCAGCCAACCGACGCUACAACGAGUACGACAAUGUGACGUUGAUGUAUGCCAAACAUGA